AAAAUUCUUUGUUGUGUUUACUUUUUGAAUCGUCAAGCAAAAGAUAUGGCGAAUAAACCUUUGCAAUUGUUACCUAAGUCCACUAUAACGUUAAUUGGCAGCAGUCAGGUUAUAGUUAGUGUUUACAGUGUUAUAAAAGAAUUGGUUGAAAACUCCGUGGAUGCUGGAACAACAUCUUUAGACAUAAAACUAGAGAAUUAUGGAUUGGAUAAAAUAGAAGUCUGUGAUAACGGAAGUGGAAUUUGCUCAGUUGAUGUCCCUUUUCUAGCAAAAAGACACUGUACUUCAAAGAUUAAUAGCACAGAUGACUUGAAAACUCUUCAAACAUAUGGCUUCAGAGGAGAAGCGUUAGCAUCUUUAUGUGAAGUCUCAGAGAUGAAAGUGACCACCAAAACUGAUAAUGACAACAUAAGUCAAACUUACUCCAUUGACCAUCAAGGGAAUGUGACAGAGUCAAAACCUUCCCACAUUGGGCGAGGCACAAUCAUCACAGCAUGUAGACUCUUUCAUAAUUUGCCUGUACGCAAACAGUAUUAUGCCAGCUCACAGAGGAAAAAGGAUGACCUGAAUAAAAUUGAGGAUUUUUUAAUGGCUUUUGCCCUAAUCAAGCCAUCACUCCGAAUUACAUUUAAACAUGACAGAGAGAUGAUAUGGCAGAAGCUGCCAUCUAGCAGUCUUAAGGAUGCACUUAAUUGUGUUCUGAGUCGACCAAUAGCUAGCCAGCUGCUGUUUAAAGAAAAAACAGUGGAUGAAUUGAAGAUCCAUGUCUCAGUCUAUUUGCCUAAGCCAGGCUCAGACACUAAGGUCAUGUCUCGGUCAUCAGCAGAGAGAACAAUUCUUGCAGUUAACAGACGCCCAGUAAUAGUCAAGGAACUUAUUAAAGUUCUCAAACAGUAUUACAAUAAUUGCCAUCCCUGUGGCAUGACUCGCUACCCUGUUUGUUUUGUUGAGAUUAGUGUGCCUCCAUCAGAUGUCGAUGUUAAUGUUGAGCCCAAUAAAACCACAGUGUUUAUACAAAACAUGAAAGCAGUGCAAGUUUGUUUAGAAGAAAUACUUUUAGAAAUAUAUGGUCCACUGGAUCAUGUUCCAUCGUGGCACUACACUUCAAGUGAUGACUUGUCUCAACACAAUCACACUGACCACUCUGGUCAGUUAUCUAAAGGAAAGAAUUUUGCAGCUCUUGUGGUUCCUGGUGAACUUGCCAGCAUCAAGAAAGAAAUGAAUCAUCAUACAAAAUUCCCUGACAAAGAUAUGUUGUCCGAGAAUAACAAGAAAAAAUCUGCUAAUGUGACAGCCGCUGAAGAACCGGAUACUACUGGCUUAUUUGAUAUUGAAGGAGAUCUGUUGUUAGUUGAACACUCAGAUCAUGAAAGCAGGAAUAAUAAUAGUAAAUAUCAUACUAAUUCUGCAAGUCAAAUUGAACAUAUUGGAUCAAUCGUAGGUGAUUAUCCUUCACUAUCAAAUAACAGCAGAACAUAUAAUGACAGUUUAAUUCCUUUGACAACAAGCUCUGUAGAUGGAAAGGAGACAGGAGUAUGUAACAUUGAAACUUCUGAAACUGGGUGUGCUUCUGUUUUCUCUAACAAAAAAGAUACAGUCUUCAAAGAUGCACCUUGUACAAGCUCACAUCAAGAAGAUUUGACAUUUUUGCACAGUUCUGAUGUGAUUGACCUAGACCUAGCAGAAACUAAAACGAACACAGACUUGUCAACAGACAGCAGCCUAUCAACAGCAGAAGUGAGCAGCCUAUCAACAGCAGAAGUGAGCAGCCUGUCAACAGCAGAAGUGGCAAACAAAGCCAGCAUCUGGAGCAGAGGAGACUGUUUAGUGGAUUCUGGUAACAAUUUAGUUCAACCAGUGCAGCUGUUAGCGAGUACAUCUAGUCACAGUUUUGGGAAACAUUCACUUGAUGCUGACCAAAAUGUAGAUUGCCCAGCGAAACGUAAAAGAACUUCACUUAUGUUGGAUGCUAAUCAGACCACAUUGGAUGAUAUUUUUGGUCUGAAUUCAGUCACCAAUGAAAGCCCAUUCAUGGAAAAUGUCUGUUUGGAGAAAAGGAAUGACAAUACUAUGAAGGAAACAUUAAGACAUGAAAAUAAAAUCUUGAAUGAAAAUGACGAAGCAAAAGACAUCCAAAAGCUAGCAUCAAAUAAAAGAGCUGAAUCAGUAGUUCAAGCUGUGAAAAACUCUAAACCUCUCAAAACUGCCAAAGUCAGUGUCAGAGAUCAAGUAGUUGCAAUGGCUGCUCAGAGCCAAGCAGCCAAAUUGAAGAAGUCUUUGAAGAAAAAAACUUACUCAAAGGAAAUGACAGUGAAGUUCAAUAUUGAUUUUCUAAGAAGUCCUUCCCAAUCUGGAGACUCUGCCCUGUGUUUACAGUCAGGACAAAAAAGUGUUACAUUUCCUACCUUGACAGUGAUUGGCCAGCUUCAGUCAUGUGAUGCAUGGGUGUGUGGCUACAAAAAUCAAAUUUGCAUUGCGAAUGUACACAGACUUAGUGAGGUGUUUCUGUAUAGAAAACUCAAAGAAACUUACAGAUUAGAAGCUAAACCUUGUGCACAUCCAUUAAUUCUGGACCAAAGAUGUAUGACAGAGACUGUCUGGUCCACGCUGAAACUGUUAGCUUAUGCCAGCAGGACAAAGGACACUUAUUUUUCUAUCACAGAUGAGCAUUUAGUUGCAAACGGUUUCAAUGUCAGGUGUUGCUUUGAUGGCCAGUUAAAUUUAAAUGCUGAACUAGUUGGUCUUUGUGACCUGAUACCUGCAUACAGUUUGAAUGACUUGUAUGAAGUAUUAGAGACUUUGAACAAAUGUCCCAAUGUCUCGUUGGGUCAUGUUCGACCUAUUAAAGUGCAGUAUUAUUUACAGGGUGAGGCUGUUCGUAUAUUAAAACAGAGUAUGGCCAAUAAGUCUCUAUCUGAUGUUCAAGCUAUGGUAGAUAAAGUUCAAGAUAUCUCAGAAAAUUUUAUCUGUUUGCACCACAGACCUGUGUUUCAUACUCUUAUUGACCUGACAGAUAAUGAAACCUAUCACUAGGCCUAUUACAUUUUUUAAAUAUAUUUUAUGUUAAUUUUUUUUUUUUUUUUUUUCAAUACAUUGUUGCAUUAAACAAAGAAAUUGAUA